UGAGGUUGUUGGAGUCGUAUAUAUUGGCGUACUCAGCGUAACACCAUAACUCAAAAAAAAAAAUUUUGAUUGUUAUUUCAAAACCCUAAAUCGAGUCAAAAGGUCUUCUUCUAGCCUUUGAUCCCAAUUUCAUCUCAUCUCAUCUCGCAGCAAAGCAGGAGGAGACAUGAGUAGCCGUGCCAGCAGAACUCUUUAUGUCGGGAACCUCCCCGGUGAUAUACGCGAGAGAGAGGUGGAAGAUUUGUUUUACAAGUAUGGACGCAUUGCCCACAUUGACCUCAAGGUGCCCCCAAGGCCUCCUGGUUAUGCAUUUGUUGAGUUUGAAGAUGCUCGUGAUGCUGAAGAUGCAAUCCGCGGCCGUGAUGGCUAUGAUUUUGAUGGCAAUCGCUUGAGGGUUGAACUUGCGCAUGGUGGCCGUGGACAUUCUUCUGGGGGAGAUCGUCAUAGAGAUAGUGGUGGUGGUGGUGGUGGUGGUCGAGGUGGACGUGGAAUGUCUAGGCGCUCCGAUUAUCGUGUGUUAGUCAGUGGACUACCCUCUUCAGCUUCAUGGCAAGAUCUUAAGGAUCACAUGCGACGGGCUGGGGAUGUCUGUUUCUCCCAAGUUUUCCGUGAUGGUAGUGGCACAACAGGAGUAGUGGACUACACUAACUAUGAAGACAUGAAGUAUGCAAUAAAAAAGCUUGAUGGCUCUGACUUCAGGAAUGCUUUUUCCCGGUCUUCUGUUCGGGUGAGAGAAUAUGAUGCGAAGCGGGACUCGUCUAUGAGCCCCGGUCGUGGUCGAUCUCAUUCAAGAGGUAGAAGCUACAGUCGCAGUCGUAGUAGAAGUUAUAGCCGGAGCAGAAGCAGGAGCAAGUCUCCUAAACCUAAAUCUUCACGCCGCUCGCCUGGUAGAUCUCGAUCAAGGUCUGGGUCUCCACCCCGCUCACGAUCAAAGUCUCGCUCCCCGUCAGGAUCACGAUCAAGAAGCAGAUCUCCACUGCCUUCAAAGCGCAUAAGUAAAAGCCCGAAGAAAGACACAAGUAAAAGUCCGAAGAAGCGCAGUGCCAGCCGAAGUCCAAGCAGGAGCAGGAGCAAGAGUUUGUCACGGUGAUAUCUUAUCCCACAACUGAAGCUAUUAGUGGGAAUGAAUUCAACGACCCGUGUUCAACCAAGAGAGAGGAGGGGGAGGGGUGGUGGUGGUGUGGGGUGGAUGUGGAACACCUUUUAUUACAAAACUUGUUAGCAGACUUUUGAGUUUAUGAAUGGAUUAAUUUUAGUCUUUUUUUUUUUUUUUUUUGCCAUUCUUGUUUGUCUGAAACAUUUUUUUCAUCUUCUCAUCUUUGCACUUUUUUUGUAAUGCAUUUGAGAUUCUACAAUAUAUUGUUGUUAGUACGCCA